AGCUGUUCAGUUGCUUUCGGAUACGGCACCAUUUCAGACAUGCUGAGGAGCACCCUGCUGUGCGCGGCGCUGGGGCUCCUGCGCGUCCAGCCUUUCCCCUGCCCCCCGGCCUGCAAGUGUGUGUUCCGGGACGCCGCGCAGUGCUCCGGAGGCGACGUGGCGCGCCUCGCCGAGCUCGGCCUGCCCGCCAACCUCACGCAUAUCCUGCUCUUCCGAAUGGGCCACGGCGCCUUGCAGAACCACAGCUUCAGCGGCAUGACGGUCCUCCAGAGGCUGAUGCUGUCCGACAGCCACAUUGUCGCCAUUGCCCCCGGCACCUUCCACGACCUGAUAAAACUUAAAACCCUGAGGCUGUCGCGCAACAAGAUCACGCAUCUGCCGGCCGCGCUGUUGGAUAAGAUGGUGCUCCUGGAACAGUUGUUUCUGGACCGCAACGAACUGAAGGACAUCGACCAAAACAUGUUUCACAAACUGGUUAACCUGCAGGAGCUCUUUUUGAACCAAAACCAGCUCUCUUUCCUUCCCGCUCGCCUCUUCACAAAUCUGGGGAACCUGAAACUGUUGGAUUUGUCGGAAAACAAUCUGACCCACCUGCCCCAGGGAUUGCUCGGGGCACAGGCUAAGCUUGAGAAGCUCGUGCUCCACUCGAACCAGCUCAUCGCCCUGGAUGCGGGGCUGCUGAGUCGCCUGCGCGCCCUGAAGGAGCUGCAGCUGGACCGAAAUCACAUCCGUUCCAUCGCAUCGGGAGCCUUCGACCCGCUCCGGAGCCUGAGCUACUUGACUCUCUCCAGAAACCACCUGGAGUUUCUGCCCUCCGCACUCUUUCUUUAUUCGCACAAUUUGACAUUCCUGACGCUGUUCGAGAACCCGCUGCAAGAGCUGCCGGAGGUGCUCUUCGGGGAGCUGGCCGGCCUGCGGGAGCUGUGGCUGAACUGCACCCGGCUGCGCACCCUGCCCGCCGCCGCCUUCCGCGCCCUGAGCGGCCUGCGGGAGUUUGGCCUGACCCUGAGCCCGCGUCUGAGCGCGCUCCCCGAGGACGCCUUCCGGGGCCUGGGCGCGCUCCAGGUGCUCGCCCUGCACUCCAACGGCCUGGCCGCUCUCCCCGGCGCCUUGCUGCGCGGCCUCGACGGGCUGCGCCGAGUCUCGCUGCGCCACAACCGGCUGCGGACCCUGCCGCGCGCGCUUUUCCACCACCUCCGCAGCCUGGAGCGGAUCGAGCUCGAGCACAACCAGCUGGAGGCCCUGCCCGGCGACGCGUUUGCGGAUCUGCCCCGGCUGGCGGAGGUCCUGCUGGGGCACAAUCCUUGGCGCUGCGACUGCGGCCUGCGGCCCUUCCUGGCGUGGCUGCGGCGGCACCCGGGCCUCGUGGGCCGAGCCGAGCCCCCGCGGUGCCGCGGGCCCGGACCCCGCGCAGGCCUGCCGCUCUGGGCCUUGCCGGACGAGGACCCGCAGUGCCCGGGCACCCGCGGCCCGCCUCCCCGCCCCGCCCCAGCCCCGACCCGGGUGGCCCUGCCCGCGGCCCCCGGCCACACCGCCUGGAUGCCCGACGGCUCGGAGCCCUGGGCCCGCACGCAGCUGGUGGCCCGGGGCCAACGCCAAGACCACAGCCUGUUCUGGGGGCUUUAUUUUCUGCUUUUAGCUACCCAGGCCGUCAUAACGGGGAUCAUCGUGUUUGCUAUGAUUAAACUCGGCCGGCUCUUUCGAAGAUUAAUCAGAGAGAGAGAGAGAGCUCUUGUUUGAGUCAGUGGGAAAACCUUGCAACUAAUUAAAACGUGGCCAGAGUAUUGUCAGAGGUGGCUCUAGGGGAGAAUCCAGCCAGGCUGCCGCUGUCUUCCUCUCCCUUCUCCCUCUCCUCCCCUCUCCUCCCCUCUGCCCUCCUUCCCUCCCUCUCUCCCCCCCAAUCCCACCUCCCAGGGUCCCUCCUUCUCCCUCCCUCUCCACAGAAGGAGUCUUUACAUUUGUAAAUUGUGUGUGUCUGCUUGGCCUUUGUGUACCCUUACACGGCGUGCCCCAGGGGCCAUGGAUUGUGUCUGGGCCAUCCUUGGGUUGCACUUUCCCCAGGGCAGAGAGGGGUCUCCUCCCGGUGGAGGAAGGGUGCAGAGCCAGGUCUGUCUCCUGCACAGGGUGUCUGGUAAAUGUUUAUGAAAUGAAUGAAUAAAAUGAACUCGCUGGAUCCCAGUGAUGGUGGCUUUUCCCUGGGGGACAGGAUGGAGUGUUCUCUUUAUCUACGUUAGAAAAGCAGAACUCUUCCGGUUCUUUCCCUUGCCCUUUUCCUCACUUUAUGUAUCUCUGUGGGCUACUGGGGAGAGUGCUGGUUUUCCUUCCUUUGGCGGAGGAAGGAGGCCUACUGACAUACAGAGCGCAAGGCCUUCCUGCCAGGAGCUCAGCACCCAGUGACAGAAGCCCCUGGAGUCAGUGGUCCCAGCUGAGUGCCAAGGAGUAGGAGGAGGGAAGCGAAGCAGAGACUUUUGGGAGGAGGAGGAGCUCACGGGAAGGUCGGAGCCUAUAGGGGGUUGGGUCCCCAUAGUCCCUGUGUGUGCCUGCCAGAGACAGCUCUGUCUGCAUGUGUGCGUGCUCUGUAAGUUCCUCCUUGCUCCCUCCCUGGGUGAAGUAUGUCAUUGUGACACUGGGUUGGUUUCCAUUUCCUGGAACUAAAUGCUACCUCAUUUGAAAGCAUUUAUGGAGUACCUAACAUGUGACAGGUGUUCAUGAAUGUAAUGAUAAGCUUGGUUUCCAUUUUAUUAUGGUGGCAUCACGUUCUCAUUUAGUCGCCCAGCUGAGAGCCAUAAAGCCCUUGUUGCUUUAAUUGUAUGUCUGUGCUUGCAAGAAGCAGUGGUUUAAACAUUGGCCAGAGAGGACAGCCGUGGUGUCAAAUCCCAGCUCCACCACUUACUAACUGCAUAGGGCUUUGGGCCAGACCCCGAAAUUCUUUAAGCCUUGGUGUCCUCAUCCCUGGAAAGGGACACAUAGUACCUGCCCUCACAGAGCUUUUGUGAGAGUUAAGGGCAAUAAAUCAUGUGCUGACUUCGCCCUGCAUACAGUCAAUGCUCAAUAAAUGUUAGCUCUUAUUAUUAAAGAGCAAGCAAUUAGUCCUGCUGUCGUGAUUGCAAAAGAAGAGCUUUGAGUCGGCUUUUCCUCUGUGCAUGUAAAGGUGAGAGCAGACUUUCUCAAAUGGGAGAUUACAUGAAAUCAGCUUGUCUUCACCGGGGUUGGUCUCAGCCCUGCGUGGUUGGGCCCCGCGUGCUCAUGGUCCAGAGCAGGGGGUCCUCUGAACAACGCCAAUCGGAUGUGGAGCAGGAAGAGCUGGGUUCCUGACAUUUGUACAUGGACUUCUUCCAGGCCAAGUUCAACUGGUAAAGCCUUCCCUGAUGGCCCAGGCAGACUCGAGUGUUCCCUGCUGUGUACUCCCCUCUCAGGCUACCAUGCACUAAGCACCCUCCUCCUCACUGCCAUGUGGUCGGUUCACCCUUCACUUGGGGGCGGUGUGUGUGUGUUGAUAUAUGCCCCCUGCACUGUAGGCUCCUUGGCCCUACCUUGUCUUGUUUAUUUCCACUGCUGCACAUUUUUGAUGGACUAAAACCCAGACUUUUUGAUGGAAUGUGGACUCUAGUGCUAACCACUGUGUUCUUGGGCAAGCUACUGAGCAGCUCUCAAAGCCUGUUUCCUCACCAGGAGAGCGAGGAGGAUGGUGGUCCAUACGGUUGUUGCGAGGAUGAAAUGAGAUAACCCAAGCCAAGUAGUGAAGUCGGCAGCUGGUGCAUAGGGGACUCAACGAAGUUGGCUAUUAUUUUGACUGUGAGCUACUUAGUAACUGUGGUGUUCCACAUUCCUAGUGGUGCUUUUAGACUCUUAACUACACAAGUCUACAACCCUGAACAAGCUGAAAUAAUGCUUUGCUAGUUUUUAAGUUGUCUAUAAAUGAUGGGACUCUGCAUGUAGCAUUCUUCAAACUUCUCCCCUGGGCUCACAUUUUUUUUUUUAAGUUUAUUUACUUUAUCUCUACACCCAACGUGGGACUCGAACUCAUGACCAUGAGAUCAAGAGCCUCAUGCUCUUCUGGCUGGGCCAGCCAGGCACCCCUCACAUGUUUUUGAGAUCUAUCCUUAUGAAGCAUUCGGCUCGAGUUCAUUCAUUUUAAUAGCUGCAUAAUAUUCUAUUGGAUGAAUUUUCCACAACUUAUCUGUUCUCUCAUUGAAGGAUGUCUGUUCCCAUUCUUUUGAUUCCCCAUUACUCCACAUCCUUCUCAACUCUUGAUAGUAUUAUAAUUUUGAAUUUUUUGUCAAUCUGAUAGGUAAGAAAUGGUAUCUCGUUGUUCUACCUUACAUUUCCCUGAUAACUAGUGAAGUUGAACUUCUUUUUAAAUGUUUACAUGUUUAUUGGACUUAUUUUUAAAUGUUUAAACUUAAAUGUUUAGAUUCCUUCUUUUGAAAAUUAUCUGUGUAUAUACAUGGGCCUAUUUAUAAUGGAGCAUUUUGUCUUUUUUUUAAUUGAUUUGUAGGAAUUCUUUUUUUUUUUUUUAAGAUUUUAUUUAUCUGACAGAGAGGGACACAGUGA